AUGCACAUUCCAAACAUCGUGGCAGACAAAAAUUGUUCCUCUGAAUACGAGUUUCUUCCGCUGCUUUUUCGAGAUGCACCCACCUUAUCAAUCUGGGGCGAGCACCUGACUUACUUUUUUUUGUUGCAAGAAGAAAAUGUUUCGGGAACUAUUCGCGUGUUGCUGUAUUGUUCUAUUGUGCUGUAUUCGAUAUUUCUAAUAUUUUCAUCGAUUCCUGUGUACCUCCUGGUAAUCGGAAUAGUAAAAGUUAACCAAUGUCCAGUAGAUCAACGGAUUCCAGUCUGGCUGAUUGUCAAUUCUGCUUUAAUUUUCCUUCAGGGAAGUUUCGAGUGUAUUAUGGAACAAGUUCAAGGAAAAUCAAAAUCCAUGGCUUUAUUCAUUCUACUCAACAUUUGCAGAUUAGGAAUAUUCGUCAGCACAAUCGUCGGUUCAGUUUUUGUAUUCGCAGCAUAUUCUGGAAAAGCACAAUGUGAUGGAUUACUGUACUGGUCAUCCUUUGUCUACUGUAUACUUUCUCUCAUUGCAUGCUUAUUCUCUGGUUGCAGUUUUGAAUUUAUGCGUUAUAAAGGAGUUAACGUCUGAGCUGGGGCAUAAUAAAUCAAUUGUUCAAA